AUGCCUUUCUGGUCCCAGCUCCCACGGGAGCUCCAGCUUCAGAUAUUCGAAGAGCUCAUCUACGACCGCGAACGACGCCCGGAACACCACGUACUUGCCAAGUGUGCGAGCGUGUGUCGGUCAUGGCAAGACGAGUUUGAACCUGAGGUGUUUAAGAAGCUUUGCCUGUCGCAGUCGUGUCUUCCUAAGUUCCGCAGCAUUGUUGGAGGGACGAAGAAGUACAGGCUCGAGUACAUCAGGCACCUCUGGCUUCGGGUCCGACUCAACAAGUACAAUUGCAAGGUCUGCCAGAAAGCCGAGGACGCAAAGACCAUUCGGAAGAACUGCAUUACUUUCACAAACGCGGUUUGGAAUCUGCUGAAGAUCCUCUCGACUUGGGAUAGCGAACAGGAGCCGCAAACGAGUCGGGGCAUACCGUAUGGCCUGGAGCUGGAAAUGAGCGUCCACUCGCCGAGCGACAACGAGCAUGUCUUCCGACCCCUCUGUCUGGCAGACCACUGUCCCUAUACAAACUGGCACAACCUGAUCCGGGAUGACGCCGAGAUAGUGCGUCUCCACGACGAAUUGUCAACUCUCCACGACCCGCCGCACGGAUGGACAAACGGGUCCCAUGCGAUUCCAAACCCUUCCGGGAGUACUUCCGGCAAUCCAAGCGGCAGAGACAGGCUCUUGGGGACGACGCCUCUAGACUUCAACUUUUCCAACGUUCCACAUCAGUGCGGACCAGGCUCGUCUAGGAAAAGGACAUUGCCUGUGGUGCCUCUUGUAAGGCGCUUUACCGUACGGCGGUCGACGUUCAGGGGGUUCUCGCCCAGGGUCUUGUUCAGGCUUCUCCACGAGAGCUUUGCAGAAAUUACCGAACUCCGUCUCGAGAAGUGGAUGGAACUUUACGCAGACCAGCAGACGGAGUACAGACAAGAGUUUCAACGGCUGCUCCAUGUACACGGGCUGCCCAAAUCACUCAAGGAACUCUACCUGGUCGAAGAGUCCAGCACAGCUCUGCAUCCGUCUGAUACCUCGUCGGGAAGGUCUGCCCUGGGUUUCCAACUGGCGCGACACUCGCGCGGUCUUGAAAAAUUGUCCAUCAGCUGGAACACAGACGCCGCGGGUUUCUUCCAAGAAUACUUCCGGGACAGAUGGGACGCGGCGUCGCCCAUUUCCCGGGCCCGGGCACCAUGGGCCGAUCUCACUGCGUUGACGCUGACGUGCUCCAAGCUCCAGCCGGGCGACUCUUCGGUGCGUAAGCCUCAGCGCGAACUCCUGCGCGCCGCGUGUGUCGCCGCUAGGCUGAUGCCCCGGCUCGAACUCCUGGAGAUAUGGAACUGCGGCGAUGACUCGGCCGCACUCUUCGAGUUCGACAUGAGAGAGGACAAGUCGAAGCCGCCGUUGAUAACGUGGAUGACCACGUGGCAGUCGCGGUUCACGGCAAAAGACAAGGUCUUUGAGUGCUGGCGCAAGCUGGCGCGUGAACGAGACCCCGAGGGACGGGAGCCGGACGUCAAUGUUUUCACCAUUGCCCUACCGUCGGAGGAACGGCAAUCUAAAUGGGGGCUCCGGCUUUUUCUCAGUGAACAAAUCCUUCACCUCAAGUCCUCGGAGCAAAUCACAUGGGAGAAGGAGUCUACGGAGGCAUAA